AUGUCUUCUUCUAUACUACACCAGUGCCCGCACUGUGGACAUACAUCUGAUAUAUCCAAUUCUCUCGCAGCGUUUCUGGAAAACCCCCACUGUAAACAGUGUGGCCUGUCUGCAUCCGAAAGCGAUCAGAAAAUGCAAGAUGACCUCGCGGACUUGUUUGAUAGACAAAUGACUAUGGCACAACUGCAUACCCCGAAUAAAGAUGAAAAUACAGUACCAUCUCAAGUGCCCCCAAUUUCCUAUUCCAUCACCCAGCACUAUCAUCACUCGGCCCACAAAGUCACCCCGAUGGUUCCUAUCCAGUCUAGCAUUGACAUUCUGAGACAUCAUGGUCUUGAUCCAAGCACCAUGACACGCAGUCAAUUGAAUCUCUUUGAGAAUGCCGACAUGGAACAGAGGGAGCGAUUAAUUCAGACAUGGCAAUUAUAUUCACAGCUCGCAAACAAUACUCAGGAUCAUACAAUGCAUGAUUUUGUCAUGGAUGAUAGCGAAGAUGGGAAUCCCGACGCCGAACCCUACAUGAUAUCUGGCUAUGAGACUAUCGCUACUGGAGCUGCUCACUCUCUCCCAAGUAAGCUCUCAAACAAUCUCCCAGGCAACAUCCCGAACGAACCCACCACGGGAGAGCCUUAUACUGGUUCAAAGGACCCUGUGUAUCAAGGUCAGCAAUGGUGGGAGUUGACGAAUUCUGGCCCGAUGGAAUCCAAUUAUGGUGCAUUCGAACAAAUGAGGCGGUUUUCCGGUUAUACUUAA